AUGGCUCCUAUUAGCAAGAUCGCCUUCGCGGUCGUCGGAUGUCUGUCCAGCCUGGCGCUGGCAGCUCCCACCGCUACCAGUGUCAACGCGCCUCUUCUGGGAAAGCGCGCUGACAUCAACGACGCUGCCAUUGGCUAUGCUAGCCAGAACGGCGGCACCACCGGAGGUGCUGGUGGAACCACCACCACCGUUUCUUCUUACGCUGCCUUCACCUCCGCUGUGUCCGGAAGUGACGCCAAGGUCGUCGUCGUGGACGGCACCAUCAGCAAGAAGGCUGAUCAGGUCAAGAUUGGUAGCAACACCAGCAUUGUUGGCAAGGACUCCAACGCUAUCCUCGAAGGAUUCGGAGUCCUGGUCAAGGGCGAGUCCAACGUCAUCAUCCGCAACCUGGGUGUCAAGAAGGUUCUUGCCGACAACGGCGAUGCCAUUGGUGUCCAAAAAUCCACCAACGUGUGGAUUGAUCACUGCGAUGUCUCUUCUGACCGCGACCACGGCAAGGACUACUACGAUGGUCUGAUUGAUCUCACCCACGCCGCUGACUACGUCACUGUCUCCAACACCUUCAUCCACGACCACUACAAGGCUUCCCUCGUCGGCCACUCCGACAGCAACAGCGACGAGGACACCGGCCACCUCCGUGUCACCUACGCCAACAACUACUGGUACAACAUCAACUCCCGUGCCCCCUCCCUCCGCUUCGGUACCGGCCACAUCUACAACAGCUACUACCUUGACGUUUCCGACGGCAUCAACACCCGCCAGGGUGCCCAGGUCCUUGUUGAGUCCAACGUCUUCUCUGGCAGCAAGAAGCCCCUCUACUCCACCGACGGCGGCUACGCCGUUGCCAACGACAACGACUUCGGCUCCGGAUCCAACGCUGCCGAUGCCGGUACCCUCAAGUCCGUUCCUUACAGCUACAACCUCCUCGGUUCCUCCAAGGUCAAGGACGCUGUUGUCGGAACUGCUGGCCAGACCCUUACUUUCUAA